AUGGCGACUGACAAGAUUACCUUUCUCACCAACUGGCACGCCACUGCCUACCACGCCCCGCUGUACUUGGCCCAAGCUAAGGGAUACUUCAAGGAGGAGGGCGUCAAGGUUGCUCUGCUGGAGCCCAACGACCCCAGCGAUGUCACCGAGAUCAUCGGCACCGGCAAGGUUGAUCUUGGCUUCAAGGCCAUGAUUCACACUCUGGCUGCCAAGGCUCGCGACUUUCCAGUCCUGUCCAUCGGUUCUCUCCUGGACGAGCCCUUCACCGGCGUCGUCUACCUGAAGGACUCUGGCAUCACCACGGACUUCCGCUCCCUCAAGGGCAAGCGCAUCGGCUACGUCGGCGAGUUCGGCAAAAUCCAGAUCGACGAGCUGACCUCGCACUACGGCCUGACCCCCGAGGACUACACGGCCGUCCGCUGCGGCAUGAAUGUGUCCAAGGCCAUCAUCCGGGGCGACAUUGACGCCGGCAUCGGCCUCGAGAACGUCCAGAUGGUCGAGCUCGAGGAGUGGCUCGCCGCGCAGAACCGUCCUCGCACCGACGUCCAGAUGCUCCGCAUCGACGAGCUCGCCGAGCUGGGCUGCUGCUGCUUCUGCUCCAUCCUGUACAUUGGCAACGAGGCCUUUAUCGAGAAGAACCCGGACAAGGUCCGCGCCUUUCUUCGCGCCACGAAGCGUGCCACCGACUACGUCCUGGCCCAUCCCGCCCAGGCCUGGGAGGAGUACAUUGACUUCAAGCCCGUCCUGGCCACGGCGCUGGACCGCAAGAUCUUUGAGCGCAGCUAUGCCUACUUCUCCCGGGACAUGAAGAAUGUGGCCCGUGACUGGACCAAGGUCACCCGCUACGGUCAGCGUCUCGGCGUCCUGAGCGAGGGCUUCAAGCCCAACUACACCAAUGAGUUCCUGGAAUGGGCUCUGAAUGAGGAGUCUGCCGACCCCACGGGUGACCAGAAGCGCAUGGUGGCUCUGCAGGAGAAGGUGGCCACCUGUGGUGGUUUCUGCCGCCUCGAGCCCGCCGUCAAGGCUGCUUAA